UUGUGAUCCGUAGUUUCGUGUCGGAUUUAAGGUUUCCGAUAAAAAGUUCAAUAAAACUCUUGUUAAAUGUUAAAAACUUGUUACUAAAUAGGAGUUUUAGCUUGAUAAACAUCUGAGAGUGGUUUAAAAGGCGAAAAGUGAGUGAAAUUUGAAUUAGCAAUGAAAUUUCGCUUCUGCGGUGAAGGCGACUGUCCGGACUGGGUGCUGGCUGAGAUUCAUUCCAACUUGGCGGUGCUCAGCUCGGAUCAGCUGAACGAAGUGGCACACCAUGUAGCGAGAUGCACCGUUGGAGAGGAUGUUCCGGAGGAUGCAGUUCGCACCAUUUUCGGCAUUACGAAAGGGUCGAUGGACACCCCGAAGGCGGCUUUCGCCUGUAUUCGUUUCCUUCUGGUAAGUGCUGCUCGUUUUAAUACUGAAAGCUCCGUAUUUGGCACUGAAUUGCAACAGCUGGGCUUACCUAAAGACCAUACCACGGUUAUGUGUCGGGUAUUGGAGGAUUACGUGAGCCAGAUCCGCUCCAAACUACGUCAAUCCAGUUUGACAAUCAAUGAGCUAGAAAGCGUUGCUCGAACGAUUCCAGAAAAUAUGAUUGAUUGCGUACAGCUUCGGUUUAAUAUUAAAAAUGAAAUUGUAAAUGGUGUUCCUCAGGGAACGUCUCACGCAGUCAACGUAAAUCGCAGUGACAUUCCCGUUCUUCUCAAAGAACUGAAAUCAAUUAAGUCUAUCAUGGAUGGUUAUGACUACGAAUCGAAGCACAGUGAGAUAAAGUAGUUUAUGCUUGUGCAAUACAUAUAGGACAUCGUCAUCAUUUAUUAAA